GCCAGAUACUGCUACUUCUACCACCACCACCACUGCUACAUAGACCCUCUGGCUCCUCUCCGCCCCGCCGCCCUACCAUGGUACCGCCGCCCGCACCAGCUGCUUGGCCGCCCGUCCGCCGCCCGUCACUACCGCUCUCCUCAUUUGCACGUCGCUGACGACAUGCCGCGCCCAUAUCGACAUCACCGAGCCCAUUCCACGCCCGCCAAGGCCUCCCACUGCGGCCCUUCAAGCGCCUCGUCGCUCCUGCUGCCAGUGCCCUCGAGUCCCUUCGCCCACGGGCAUGUCCCUGCUUGGUGAGCAUGACCUGCUACGCCCUCUGGCUGUCCUGAACCGCCUUGUGUCGGAACACGACUUGCCCAGAGCUACACUGCUCGCCGUCCGAGUCCCUUUAGGCGCCCGUACAUGUCGUAUACUUGUGGCAGCCUCCAUCUGCUAUCCAUACCCUCUCUCUCGACCGUCCUGGGGUAUCCACGCAUCAAAGAGGGCAAGGCGAGGGCUGAUGGAGAAAGUUGGAGACCCUGCCCGACCAAACAACAAGCCGUCUGUGGUCCCGAGUCAGUCAUGGAGGAGAAUAGGAGGCAUGCAAUAUAUCGCAAGCACUUCUCGUUCGCGACGGAAUACUUGGCCGCGCCCACUUGUCCAUAACCUUGUCAGCAUUCACUCCCGAAGAAUACGCGGACGCAGACAUGAACAUAGUCCCCAUCUAACAGACUUGCUUACUGUGCCACGGACACGGCGUCUAGCCAUUUAUGCCUGGGCUAUGAUGGAGAAAGAACAAGCCCAUGCUGUUGUUAAAGUUGAAUUAGGUGUCCAAGUGGCUUGUUACGCCUUUGCUAGACACGAGCGACGUCCACUACAAGUGGCAUGUAUGUUCAUGGGAAGGCAUUUGAGGAAUUCAAGUGUAGUGUCCAAGACCAUAACUUGGGGCACAAAGCCACCAUGUUAUACCAGUCCACCAGUCUUUGUCAUUGUGCAUGAGCCGAGUACAAACCCUUUUGGGCGCGUGUAUGGGAAGGGGGGGAGCGCGCAGAAACACCAACACCACACCACACCACGCCACACGACGACAAAACACCCAUGACAACAACUCACAACAACACUAUCGAUUAAAGUGCCGAAUAGAUUAAAGAUGAGUAAGAUUUUAAAAUCACACUCGCGCAAAUGUAAUCUCAUGCUCAUCGUAUAUCCAUGCAUGAACACGACGUCGACGACGACGACUAAACAUUAAGUACGAGGGUUAAGAGG